UGGAAAAAGUUUGAUAUCGACCAAUCAGAAGGCUCGAUCGGCCAUCUUUUGCGCAGAAGUAAAGAUUAGUUGUAUGCGUCGCCGGUAGAGCGAGCUUGAGCCGAAUUCCGGGCGAUUUUGGACGAGCAGUCGGGUCCGGUCAGUCAGUGGUUACGGGACGACAUGUUGGACGUAUAUCUGUGAUCGCUCGCGCGCGAUAGUAUUCGUGGCGCGACUUUUCAUGUUUCUCUCGUGCGUGCCAGACGAUAGACGUGUCCGAGGACAACGUCGAUUAAUGUGAAGUGUAUUUGUGUGAAAGGAAAGCCACUUGGAGAGUUUGGCUUUACCAAACAUGAGCUGGGGUACCGAGCUUUGGAAGAUGAAGUUUGUUCUUUGUGAAGCCGAGGAUACAUACGGAGAAGAAGAAGAAGAAGAAGAAGAAGAAGAAGAAGAAGAAGAAGAAGUGGACCAGUUCGACAAUCUAUCCCAUCAUACGCAAAAAGGGAUAGACUUUCUCGAGAGAUAUGGACAUUUUAUUCGUGAUCGAUGUGCCAUCGAGGUGGAAUAUGCGGCCAAGCUCAGACGUCUCGUGAAGAGUUAUCAGCCGAAAGAACCGAAGAAGAAAGAAGAGGAGGAGGAUUAUAAAUACAGCCCAUGUCGGGCCUUUAAAAUGGAAUUAAACGAAGUGAACGACCAAGCUGGCCAGAGGGAGGUCAUUGCGGAAAAUUUGCAAGCUACCGUACUACGGGAAUUGAACAUACUUGUGAAGGAUUUCAAAGAAGAUCGUAAAAAGUAUUUGCAAGAGGGUAUCAGAUUGAGGGCAGCAUUGGCCGGACAAAUUGGUAAUUUGGAACGAGCUAGAAAAGCAUAUGAGAAAGCUUUUCGUGAAGCGGAAAGAGCUGUUGAAAAUUAUCAGAGAGCUGACGCCGAUCUGAAUCUUUCUAGAGCCGAGGUAGAAAAACAGAGGAUGAACAUGACCCUGAAAACGCAACAAAGCGAAGAAGCAAAGACGGAGUACGCCAAUCAGUUGCAAAAGACAAAUGACAUGCAAACAUUGCAUUAUCAUACGUCCAUGCCAGAAGUAUUUCAGCAUCUACAGGAAUUAGAUGAGAAGAGAAUAAAAAACAUGCGAAAUUAUAUGAUCAAGUCAGUGGAAAUAGAACGUGCAGUUGCGCCAAUAAUCGCUCAAUGUUUGGAUGGAAUUGAAAAGGCAGCGAAUGAGAUUAACGAGAAGGAAGAUACGUUGUUAGUUAUCGAACGGUAUAAAAGUGGUUUCCAGCCGCCAGGAGAUUUUCCAUUCGAAGAUCUUUCCGUUGCCAAGACGUACGAUAGUAACAGUCAAUUAUCACAACCUGCGAUGCAGCCGAUACAUAAUCAUCUGACAGUAAAGGGAACUGUAUCCGGUGGGAAGAUCAAAAAGAGAGUUGGACUUUUUGGAAUUUUUAGUAGCAAUAAGAAGUUGAUCGAGGUGUGCAUAGCUUUAAAGAACAACGUGCCUGGUUAUGGCGAUGGCGCGAAGGAGGACUGCAGCGAUUUACCUCCAAAUCAACGGAAGAAAAGAUUGCAACACAAACUCGAUGAAAUUCAGGCAAAGAUUCAACAGGAAACUGCAGCAAGAGAUGGUUUGAUGAAGAUGAAAGGUGUCUACGAGCAAAAUCCAGCAUUAGGUGAUCCAAUGAGUAUAGAAGGCCAAUUGAAUCAAUCUAGCAAUAAAUUGGACAAACUUGGUGCGGAAUUAGCAAAGUUUCAAGGUUAUUUGGAAGAAGCCAUGCGCGCCGGUGUUAGCUUAUCCAGUCCAAGUCAAGUCCAACGAAAGCCUACGAGUAAUGGCUCAGCGACAAGGCCAUUAAGUUCAAGAAGAUCCAGUCAUUCGGGAGGAGAAGAAAGUCUUUCAAGAUCAGCUUCUGAUUCUAGUGUUAGUAAUGCGAAUGCGAAUCAGCCAGUUCAUAAAAAGAGUGCGCCAGGUACACCUCAACCAAGUCAUGGUUCCACGAAUAGCCCGGAAUCUGGUCUUGGAGAAUCAAGAACGUCACUUCCUGGAAGUGGAGGAGAAGAAUAUUAUGUUGAUGAGAUAGAUGCACAACCGCCAUUAGGAACCUGUAGAGCACUUUAUCCUUUCGACGCUACUAGCGAAGGUUCUAUACCAAUGUACGAUGGUGAAGAAUUGUAUAUGAUCGAAUUAGACCAGGGCGAUGGAUGGACACGUGUUCGUCGUAUCUCUCAACCAAUCGAAGGAUUUGUACCAACAUCAUACAUAGAGUGUCACCUGUACAAUACAUAGCCGCUCCUUUUAGGUCAUUAAAUGAGAUACCUAACUUCAAAGCGCAAUGAUCAAUCCAGUGUUAUGGUUCAAUGCGAAAUUUUUGAACUUUAAUGCUAAGAUUCCUUCAAGUUUGCUCGAUGAAGUUAUUCAUUCGAGUGCUAAGAAGCGUUGGCUUAAUUAUUGGCACUGGGCUUAUCAAUUUCUUUCUAUUCUUAAUUAGGAAAGUCUAAUCGUCUGAUAUUGACACGUGCUAAUAUUUUCAAGUUCGGAGAAUUGCCAACGAUAUGACGACGACGACGACGACGACGACGACGAUGACGACGACGACGAUGACGAUGAUGAUGAUGAUGAUGAUGAAGACGACGAAGAGGAUGAUAAUGGCAAAAUAUAUCCAACGCCAUUUGCUCCAUUUUUCUAAUUUCUAAAGAGAACAAAGACCGAACAAAAAGAAAAAAGAAAGAAAGUUCUGCUUUGUUAACACAAGCAAAAAACAAAGCUUCCCAAUAAAAUGUACUUGCUUGGGACAGAUCAAGUUCUAUACAAUUUUAUGUUUGUAUAGUUACGUACAGUAGAAUUCAAUCGCGCACUGAUACUUGAAGCUUCCAAAUUAUAUUUAAUCCUUCUUGUGUCGCCUAGAUAGACGAAUGAAUCGUCUAAUUUGACGGUCACAAAUAAUAAAAGAAGAAAAAAAAAAACUAUGUGCAGUUUACUUUUAGAUAACGCACAAGUAAGAAAGAUUUGUGACUCUACCGAAGAAAGUAAAUAUCUUAUUGCAUAGUAUUUAUUUGGCCCCUUUCUUCGUUUCAUUUUACAUAGAACAAUUGUUGUGCGAGUUUGACUUUCUUUUUGUACCGAAUUAUAAUUAUUGAAGAUUUAUAGCUGACUAUGCUCAGGGACAGACUCUUACGAAAAAUGCCAGGAGAACAAGAAGACUGAUUUAUAUUCUUUUUUUUUUUUUUUUUUUUUCUUUUUCUUUUUUUUUUUUCUCCCCCUUUGCGUUUGCAUCAAUUUUGGAUUUCUCCAUUUACUUCCUCUCUUAUCCUUUUGUAUAAAAAUAUUUAUAUUAUUCAUUUUUAAUUAAAAGAAAAUAUUCUUACAAAUUUUCUCAAUUUUUAAGUAAUCAACAUCAAUUCUCUUAUUCCUUAAAAAGGAAUUUUUUUAUUUCUGUUGAAGAAAAGAAAAGGGAAAAAAAAAUAAAAAGAAUUUGAAGAUUAUAAAUUGCUAAUGUUAAUGAACACAUGUACGACAAGGUCUGACCCCGGAGCGAGUCUUCUUCUCUUAAAAAAAGAAAAGAAAAGAAAAGAAAAAAAAAAAAAAAAAAAAAAAAAAAACUUUCUUUAGGAAAAAGAAAAAAAGAAAUACGUCUGAGUGUGAAUUAGUUAGGGUAUAGAUUUCUGUACAUAAUAUUCCGUGGAAACGAAAGAAAGAACGAAUGGUACACGAGUAAAGAGUGCCAGACGAUGAAAAAAGAAGGAGUAACUUCCAAUAAAGCUAGAAACUCGAAUAAUUGAAAUGAAGACAGUUUCUAUAAAUUUUAUUAGAAAAGUGUUUUCAUUUUGAUCUAAGCUUGGAAGUAGUUCCUACUUUGUGCUGCUUAAUAUAGCAGAAGCCUAUAUAGAAUAUCGUCCUAUUUCUAAACGUGAUUCUAAACGCAAACUAAUAAAAAAAUCACAUCGGGCAGUUGAUAAUAUUCUUGCGUAUUAAUGUAUAUGUACAUACAUACAACAUACCCACGUACGCACGCACCCCCCACACAUACACACACACACACACACACAUUAUAAAUAUAUUCAAUUAUUAAAGCGUAGCUUUCGGUAUAUAAUGAAAUAUGCAAGCACUGAAAAUAAUGAAAGGUUUGUAAAUAAACCUUUUCUCUCCCCCUUUCCCUCUAUUGUCAUACACACGUACACAUACAGCACCUAAUAAAGACUUUGUUCAAUUACUUCUGAACAAAAUCUCUUUAGUUAUUAUAUAUAUAUAUAUAUACAUAUAUAUAUAUGACGUGUAUGUACAAUUCCUAGUACGCACGUGUCAUGCAUUUUUUCUUCGGUAUUGCGAUUUAACGGAAUUAUUUAUUAUCGCAAAACGUUGAAAAAAAAUUAUCAUUAUUAUCAAUUUGCGAGACAGUAUUCUUGCGAGAGAGUGUGAGAGAGAGAGAGAGAUUGAAAGAAUGGAUGAAUCUGCGAGAGUAAAAUUUUUUUAAUAAUCAAUGUUCAAUUAUUGUUUUAAUUAUUAUUAUUAUUAUUAUUAUUAUUAUUAUUAUUAUUAUUAUUAUUAUUAUUUUGUAAUGUAUAUUUUUUUGUGAUUUCAUAACGACGAACAAGUAUUGUAGAUAAUUAAUUCUGCGACUCAUUACACAUUUUAUUAUUAUUAUUAUUAUUAUUAUAUUAUUUUAUUAUGUUAAUAAGAAAAUAUAUGUAGUAAACCAAUAUAACUCA